AGGCAAGGGAGAAAACUUUACAAACCUGCACCCCUUUAUUGCGGUGCACUCCUCCCAGUACCGUGCAUGCAUGACUGGAGCAGCAGUUACCGUAUCCACAGUCCAGGGAGAGGACUGACACUCAACACCUUUUGGUGGGACAUUUUAAAACUCUUUCCAAGGCUUGGUUGCUACUCAGAGCUGGGAUAUACACUGGAAUCGUCCCAGGCGGACAGAGAUAGAGAGGGGAUUGGUCCUCCGGAGACCCGGGCCAGGGCGUGCUGUUGAUCUUUGAGGGAAACGGAGAGGGGAGAGUCUAAUCUGUCCCGCUGGAGAUUUAUGACCACGCCGCCAGCCCUCAUCUCUGCCUCUUCCUCAUCUGUGUGCGGAUAGGGAACCAGCCUGUGGGAACCUGUUCCUAGGCUCCUGCUCCUCCCACCCACCCACCGCCAGCAACUUCCUCACCCAUUCCCUCCUCCCCCACAAGGGAGAGAAACUGGGUCUGGAUUUCCCAAUCCUGAAGGCAAGCAUCGCUGUUGUUGAUGUUGAUCUCCUCCACCGUUCCUGCCUGCCUGUUCUCCCUUGGUUUGCUCUCCACAUUGAAGAACAUUCUUUUGGUUUUGUUGACCAUUUAGAUAUUUGGUUGACGAGCCAGCCUCUCCAUAGACACUUGAUAUUAUCGUCCAUGUGUUGAACCCUUCCUGCCGCCGCACAGGCCGUCAGACAUGGACCUGUCCCUGUGGCAGUACCAGUUCAGGAUCAUCAUGCUGGGGGACUCCACGGUGGGGAAGUCCUCGCUGCUCAAGCGCUACACUGAGGACGCCUUCCUGGAGAACAUCAACCAGACGGUGGGGGUGGAUUUCUACGUCCACUUCCUGGAAGUGGCGCCCGGCGUCCGCAUCAAACUGCAGUUCUGGGACACGGCGGGCCAGGAGCGCUUCAGGUCUGUGACGCGUUCCUACUACCGCAACUCUGUCGGCGGCCUGCUGGUGUUCGACGUGACCAACCGCGCUUCCUUCGACCACGUGAAGGACUGGCACGACGAGGUGUGCGAGCGCGUCGUGCCGCAUCGGGUCAUGUUCACCCUUCUGGGCCACAAGAGCGACUGCGAUACGGACGACCACAGCGAGAGGGUGAUCAGCCGGGAGGAGGCGGAGAAGUUAGCGAGCCGCAUGGGGAUGCCCUAUGUGGAGGCGUCGGCCAAGACGGGCAACAACGUCCAAGAGGCGUUCGAUGUGCUGAGCCGGCGGAUCUACGACGGCCUGCUCAGCGGAGAGGUGGAGCUCCGCGAGGGAUGGGACGGCGUGAAGUGCACGACGCCCCAGGGGUUGAACGUGCAGAGGGAGGGAGCCGCCGGGCAGCCGCAGACUGCCGACGGAACCAAGCGCAAGAAGAAGUGCUGCGGAUGAAGCCGGGUGGGGUCAAAGACUUGUGUAAUUAUCCUUCUUUGCUGAUUGGUUAGAAACCGCAUGAGUCAAUCGCAGUGACUGCCGACAAGCCUGAGCUUGUCGCUAAAUAGACUGUCUGAAGAAUUACCGUCCUUUUCCUAAAAGUGUUAUUUGUUGACAACAUGACAGCAUUGCAACACACUGAUGUGUAGCCUACAUCUUGUUUUUAUUUAUGAAAUAAAAACGAUUUAAGUAAAGCUACCGUACAAAGAAAACUAUUUACUAAUUUAAUCGAUCAUGCCCCUACAGGAACUAUGAUAAAUGCAUCGUCACUAUCAAUCAGGAUUCAUAUGGCCCAGACAUAACUGGAUAAUUAUAUCGAUAUAUAAAUGAAUAACUGGCAACUAGGUAACGAAGUAUACUACUAGAUUCAAACACAGUGCCAAACACAUACACAAAAAAACCUAUUUUUAAUGACGUAUUAUCUUGACAAUUAAAAAGAAAACUAAAAAACAUUAUUUGGGUUGGGACAAGAGCGGAGAUUAGCCAAAACAACAAUUAGGUAACGAAUAAUCCGGUACUUGUAAAAUACUUUCAACAGCAAGAUUUUUUUUUUCCACUAAAGGAAACCGAUUCUCCUUACACUUACUAACAAUAUCAAAACACAACAUGAAAGCAAAAGUAGUCUUAGUA